CGAGAGUUCUGAAGCGCAGCAGCACCAGCUAGGAAGGAGAUAGAUUGAAGAGAGAGAGAGAGAGAGAGAGAGAGAGAGAGAGAGAGAGAGAGAGAGAGAGGGAUUGCUUUUGCUCAUUCGAAGCGAGAACAUGCGUGUGUCCGUAAUAUUGCCUGUACUCAAUGAGGAGAAGAAUAUUGCUCGGGCUAUUGAGAGUACACGAUGUGGGACUACGGAGGGAGCUGAGGCGGUGCCAGAAGUGAUUGUCGUUGAUGGGGGAAGCAAUGAUCAGACUGUGACGAUUGCCAGAUCGAUGGGUGUGAAUGUUCUGCAAUCCCCAAGAGGCAGGGGUCCUCAGAUGAAUGCUGGAGCUCAAGCUGCAAAUGGGGAUGUCCUGCUUUUCUUACACGGGGAUUCUUCUCUUCCACCAGGGUACAUCCACAUGAUUAGCUCGGCUCUGCGAUUGCCUAUGUCAUCGCCGUCAUCGCCACUGGCAACAUCAUCUGUUGCUCAGAGCAGCGGAACAUUCGGCGGAACAUUCGGGGGCGGCGGACAGACUUCAAAGCGUCAAGUGCGGGAAUGGGGAGCAUUCGUGAAGCCGAGAAUCGAUGCAUCUGGAUGGGGAUACCGUGUCCUAGAGACACUCAUCCUGAUCCGAACGCGGGUCUUCUACAUGCCAUAUGGAGACCAGGGGUUAUUCAUCAGAAGGGACACAUUCGGUGAGAUAGGAGGGUACCCAAGUAUGCCGAUUAUGGAAGACUUCGAAUUGGUGAGAAGGUUGAAGCGCCGAGGCCCACCGGGUCUGAUCAGUGGUGGCCCGCUUUUGAUAUCAGCAAGACGAUGGGAGGAACGUGGGAUUGUGGAAACGACGAUUAUGAACCAGGUUAUGAUUCUUGGGUACUUUAUAGGGGUGUCGCCUAGCAAACUGGCUGACUUGUACCGCUCUCGGCCGCUCAGGAAGCUAUGUUCAGGUUUGUGUGUGGCUAGGCGCUGCUUGCCGAGCGGCUGCCGACUUCGACCUGGCGUAAGUGGCUGCGGGGGAGGGUGCGGCCAUGGCAGUGGCCACGUCACCCCAGCGUGGUCGGCGGCGGAAAUUUACCGCCACAGAAAGGCUAACGGCUUUCCUUCUCCGCAGAGAGAUCAACAGCGUUCGUCGUUGAGUGCGGCAGCCAUGGCCAACCAUGACUACCACCAGGAGCACGAGGAGGAGGCGCUGCACCUGCAGCAACAGAGGCCGGAGAUCAUUUGGUCCCCGCACGGAAUUGGCUGGGACUGUGGGAUUAUGGAAGACGAUUAUUGGUUGUGUCCUGAGAUGCGUCGGCUGGCGCUCCAGUUGCGGGAAUACCGCCCAUCUGGCGUUGACUUCUUGGCAUCCGUUGAGGGACAGAGGGUAGAAGAAGAAGAAGAAGAAGGAAAUGAACAAGCAGAAGGAGGUCGGUCAGGACGUAGAAGAGGAAGCGACACGUGUCAAGAUGUCGUUGAAGGUUCUAAAGGAGGACAUGAUGUCGGGGGUGAUGUCGGAGUUGGGUGUCCUAAGACCGGCGGUGCACCGUCUUCUUCUUCUUCGUCCGUUCCUUCCUCUACAAGAAGCCAUAGUGAGGAGGAAAGCCGUGGCGACGAUGCCGCUGCUGCUGGGCGAAUCGGCGAAUCGGAUGAAGAAUCUUGGCAGGUGGGCUGCAGCCGCCUCAGCUUGGCCGCCUACAGCAGCGCGCCUGCGCCCUGUGCUAGUGCUGCAGGCGCGACUCCGAUGUCGGGAUUGCUCGUGGAGACCCCCGCCGCCACCAAGGGGAAGCGCGUGCGCACACUCUGCCGCGUGAAGAAGAACGCCGCCGUUCUUGUUCCGCUCUUCCGCCGCAACGGGGAGUUGCGCGUGCUCUUGACGAAGAGAGCGUCGGCGAUGACGUCGCAUUCCGGCGAGGUAGCGCUUCCGGGGGGAAAGCGAGACGAGGGGGACAGCGAUGAUGCCGCGACGGCGCUGCGGGAAGCGUUCGAGGAGAUCGGCCUUCCGCCUGCCAAGGUCCGAGUGGUAGCGAGGCUGGAGCCGUUCUUGUCAAAGCAUCUGUUGACAGUGUCGCCUGUGGUGGGGUUGCUACCGAGCACUGGAGUGCCGAAGCUGCAGCUGAAUGAGGAGGAAGUGGAGACUGUGUUUGAUAUGCCACUGGAGACCUUCCUCAAGGAAGAUGCGCAUAUGCAUGAUGACUUGGAGUGGCUGGGGCUUCCGUAUAGGGUGCAUCAUUUUUGGCAUGACUGCGACGGCGUGCGCUUCCAUGUGUGGGGACUCACGGCCGCCAUUCUCAUUCGAGCUGCCGCCGUGGUCUUCCAGCGGCCUUCGGCGUUCAAGGAGUUUCAUCCCGCUGUACCGGAUUAUGCCUCGGUGCUGAGAAUCCUCGCUCAGCGACGCCUGCUUCAACUGUAGGAGGAGGUCAAUCCAUAUCCAUAUCCAUAUCCAUCCAUCACCAGUGGCGCUCUCUCCCCAUGAUCCAUGAUCACGGCGCAGCGCAUGUCUUUGUUUCCACAUGAUCCAUGAUCACGGCGCAGCGCAUGUCUUUGUUUCCACAUGAUGAUCACGGCGCAGCGCAUGUCUUUGUUUCCACAUGAUGAUCACGGCGCAGCGCAUGUCUUUGUUUCCACAUGAUGAUCACGGCGCAGCGCAUGUCUUUGUUUCCACAUGUUGAUCACGGCGCAGCGCAUGGCUUUGUUUCCACAUGAUCCAUGAUCACGGCGCAGCGCAUGUCUUUGUUUCCACAGUCGCGUCGGCGUUUUUGGAGCAAAUGUAUACACGCUGUUUCUAAUUAAAGAUUAUUUUGCGUGUACGAGAGCAACUUGGCCAUUGCUUGUCACUAUUCUCUCCAGUCUCCGUACCGUAACCAAGUCUUUCAACUUCGUCAAUUUGUCAGAUGUCAGAGCGGUUGUGCGUAAUCAAUUCUAAUCCAUUCUAAUCAAUUCUAAUCAAUUCUCUCUCUCCCACGGCAUGGCGUAAUCAAGUCUAAUCAAUUCUCUCUCUCCCACGGCAUGGCGUAAUCAAGUCUAAUCAAUUCUCUCUCUCCCACGGCAUGGCGCAUUGUCUGGCUGACUGCGUUAGCUACUGGUAGUGCCGAGCGAAACCGCUUUCUGUCUUUCACGGGCUUUCUUUUCUGCUAGUUCUUGUAGAUAUUUGACGUGUCGGCCGCACCGCGUGAUCGCUUGUGUGUGUGCUCGUUUGUGCGGGUGUGUGUGUGUGUGUGUGUGUGUGUGUGUGUGUGUGUGUGUGUGUGCGUGGGUGUGUGUUUGUGCGUGAGUGCGUGUGUUUGUGUGUGCGCGCGUGUGCCGUGGGGUGUGUACUAGUGUGCGCGCGCGCGCGCGCGCGUGCGUGUGCAAUGUUCCGCCGCACGGUCAGCUUUUGUCCGUGUAGGUCCCCAAGAUCCUAAGGGUUUGCGUUGGUACUCGAUCGUCGAUACAGGGCCGACUGUGCAUUGUUUUUCAACAGGCCAGGUGGCAUCAUCGUAACCGUGAACCCGCUGUGGGCACUCGACAGGACUGUUUGGAGGGGUUGUCGUGGGGGCCGCUGAGAGUGGGACGGCAGGGUAUUGGGGGUGGCAAUGUCGCCAUCAUUGUUAUGUCGUCAUCUCCUUCCUUUCCCUCUCCUCCUUUUUCGUGCUCGUCUGCACGCUCACCCAUCAAAAUUUAGCCGUCUUCUCCAGUGUGUGUGAACACGGCUGUCAUCCUCCUCAUCAGGUAAGGGUUGAGGUGGAUGGUAUAUAUGCCUUCAUGAUCAUGUCAUCGCUCUCUUUUCUCCGUCCCUCACCGUCGUGUUCAUGUGCUUGCUUGUCUACUUCCUCGCCCAUCAAAUACCCAGCGUCGCUUCCGAUGUUAACACUACGGUAGUCAUCGUUUUCGUCAUAAUUGUUCUUUUCAGGGAGUCUAGGUUUGACAUUAUCAUCCCCAUCACCAUCACCCAUCACCAUCACCAUCACCAUCACAGGGAGUCUAGGUUCUCGUCAGCAGCAGCAGCAACGGGUCAGUAACCAUCGUCAUCAUGCAAUCGCACUGUGACCAUCGGCGUCAUGCAGUCCUUUUUUUUUUUUUUUCCUGCUCGCACCUUGCCUUCUACACGCCGAGGCUUGGCCUGGACGUCAGAGGGUUUCAGGGAUCGCAGGCUAGAUUAAGGACUUGCAAACCACAACCAUGAUGAUGAUAAUGAUGAUGACGAUGAUGAUGAUAAUGAUGAUGAUGGAUGAUUGCAGAUGAUGAUGAUGACGGAUGAUGACGAUGCCAAGUCCCGUAGCCCACAGAUAAAUGAUGACGAUGCCAAGUCCCGUAGUCCACAGAUAAACGUGCCACUGAUUC